UACCAGAAGAAAACAAGAAGGAAAAAACAAAAGUCUUCGCUUGUAAAUUUUAUUGCUUGUUGAUCGUGAAUUAAAAAAUUCUUUUGCGAUUUUUCCAUUCUGAUAAACAUAGUUCAUUCACUAAUUCGUGCAGAUUCGACCCAUCCUACUGACCUAUAAUUAUUGUCGCGAUAUCAUGAAAAUCUGCCGUAUCUGCAUGCAGGGAGAGGGUGUCGAACUCAUCUCAAUAUUUACGAAACUGGAUAAUGCUUUUAUUGCCGAUACGAUCGCUAGCUGUUGCUCUGUACAGUUGACCGAGGACGAUGGUUUACCAGACGUAAUUUGUUACACCUGUGUUCAAGAUGUCAAAAUGGUUGCAGCAUUCAUUACCAAAGUACAAGAAUCGGACUAUAAACUGCGUCAGCUAAAUGCGUCUAUUGCAGAGCCAAAAUCUACCUUCGAAAUGGUAGUAAUCAACGCUGAAUCAACUGACGACAAUCAAAGCUCUGAAGACGAAUUUACCAGUGAGAUCGUUGAUUGCCACAUUGAUUUUGAUGACGACGAAGACCAGCUAUCUCCUGAAACCGAGAAGGUUUAUGAAACUCGAAGCAAACACACUGUGCGUGAUACCCAGCGAAGGCACAAAGUGAAAAGGAAAGUAAUUGUAGAGUCAAGCGAGGGAUCUGAAGAUGAAAACAGCAGAAACGUUCUUAAUGAAAGUGACUUGGAAAUGUUUACAGUGAUAAAUCUGCCUGCAAAUAGUUUCGUAUGCUGCAAUUGUUAUCAGUUUUUCGAAAGUAUGGAAGCAUUGGAGUCCCAUGUCAAUAUUCAUAAAAAGUUUACUGUUAAGAAAACUGAUUGUAUCUGCUGUACAGUAUGCAAGCGAAGGUUCAAAAAAUCUGCCGCUCUGAAACGACAUUUAAAAAAUAUUAGUGCAAUAACUCAGCUUUACGAGUGUAAUGCAUGUAAAAUACGUUUCAUGAACCGCACCGGCACGAAACUGCAUAGCCAAAAGCAUAUCGAAGAGAAUAUUCAUACAGUUGAAAUUCUAUGUUGCGUGCAGAACUGUUCGAAACCAUUUGAAUCGGAAGAACUGCUGAUACAGCAUGGUCAUGAUGCGCACAAAUUAAACAAGCAUGCCUACCAGUUGGGUGACACAGCUUCAAAACCGGUGGAGUGUCCUGUUUGUUUCAAACGGUUCCCUUCCGAAAGAUUACUGCGCCGUCACCGAAAGCGCAACUCACGACCGCUCAAUCAUCAAUGCGCGACAUGCGGUCUAAAGUUUCGCACCAAAGAUGUUCUAGCCCGCCAUGAACUAAACCAUGAAAACCAAAAACCGUUCCAGUGUGACGAGUGCAAAAAACAUUUCUCUAGUAAAAAUUCGCUAAAAGUUCACAAAAGAAGCCAUUCAAACGAAAGACCUUUUGUGUGUGCAAUGUGUGACGCUGGCUUCUUUCAGAAGGCUCAACUAACUAUACAUGAGCACUGUCAUACCGAUGCACCGCUGCCUUUUCAGUGUGAAGUUUGUGAUAAAACAUUCAAGAUGAAAAACUAUCUUGUAAAUCACUUGCGUCAGCACACGGGUGAAAAACCUUACCCAUGCCGACAUUGUCCGAUGUCAUUCUCCAAUCAUACCAACCGGCAAAGGCACGAGAUGAAUCACACAGGUAAUAAACCAUUCAAGUGCAGUUAUUGUGAUAAAACAUUCACCAUUAAACGAUUGCAGAUGGAACAUGAGUGUAAGCAUACAGGUAUCAAGCCAUAUAAAUGUUGUUAUUGUGAUAAGACUUUCAUCCGGAAACGUUUCCAACUGGACCAUGAAAAUAAGCACAUUGGUAUCAAGCCACAUCGCUGUGAGCUGUGCGAUCGAACUUUUACCCACAAAACAGCUCUUCGCAGACACCUUCAAUCACAUCCAACGGAGCAAGGGAAUCACACCGAGGCAGCUGUUUUUACGGUUUCUCUAGAAGUGGAAUCCGCCGGCCAUAUUACGGGUGAUUCAGUGCUGUCCGCAUUACCUGCUUCAACGUAACUGACAGCAAAAUUACAAAAAAUAAAGAAUUCAACUAUCGAUGGGUGUUAUUCGCAAAUAA